GUCGUUUCACGAGGUGGGGGAAAACAAGCCUUGUCCACCUAAUAUUCACUCAACAAAGCUUAUAUGCAGGAAUAUGUCGAGCUUAAAAAUUGUAUUGGUAAUACACUUGUUUGGGCUGCUCUUGCAAAUGGAUCCUGAUUCAAAUCAUCAAUAAGCAGUAAAUACAUCAAUAAUAAAAAUAUUAAAUCAUAAAAAUCAUGCAAUAAUAAUAAUAAUAAUAAUAAAUAUAAUAAUAUUACAAAUAAAAUAUUUAAAUAAUAUAUUAUAGAUGUAUAUAAAAGAACAAUAUAAUAAUAAAAAAAUAAAAAAAAAUUAAAGAAUAAAUGUUUACUGCACUACUCAUGCCGACGAAACAAGCAGAUUUGCGAUUGAUACGAGUAGUACGUGAAUAGCAGUCGCUUUUGACGGUCUCGGACAUAAACAUAUUUACAUUUGCACAUGGCAGCCAUGAAGCAUGGCAAGACAAAUCAAGACGACGUGUGCUACGUUGUCGCAAAAUACGAUUACGGAGCUCAAGGAGCACAAGAAUUGGAUUUACGUAAAAAUGAACGUUAUCUUUUGUUGGAUGAUUCUAAACACUGGUGGAGAGUACAGAGUGCACGUGGACAAGCCGGUUACGUGCCGAGUAAUUAUGUGAAAAAAGAAAAACCGUCCCUAUUUGACAGUAUAAAGAAGAAGGUCAAAAAAGGUUCUGGUUCAAAAACUUUACCGUCCGGUAAUUCACCUUCACGUGCUGUUGAAUCCCCAAUAAUGGCACGAAGAUUACCAGCAGAUCCUAGUGAAGCAAUAGGUACAGCGGUUGUUAAAUAUAACUAUCAAGCACAACAGGCGGAUGAGUUGUCGCUGGUCAAGGGCACGCGAAUCCUCAUACUUGAGAAGAGCAACGAUGGCUGGUGGAGAGGCCAGAGUGGCACUCAGGCGGGCUGGUUUCCCUCCAACUAUACUCAAGAAGAGGGUGACGCUGAUGACACGCUGCACACGUACGCCAUGGCCGAGAAUGUUCUCGACAUUGUUGUUGCUCUCUACUCUUUUUCCUCAAAUAACGAUCAAGAGCUUUCAUUUGAAAAAGGAGACCGACUAGAAAUUCUUGAUCGUCCUCCAGCAGAUCCUGAAUGGUACAAGGCGAGAAAUGGCCAAGGACAAAUUGGUCUUGUACCACGAAAUUAUUUACAAGAGCUAAGUGAAUAUUUAACUCAACCAUAUCGUGAUCGUGGUAUGACGACAAGUGAAAUUAGCACUGGAGAUUCACUUGAACGAAGGCCUGAUCCUGGAGAUCGACCGCAUCUUGUUGGUAAACCCUGGUACUAUGGCAGCAUAACACGUUCUCAAUGUGACACUCUUCUUAAUCAACACGGUCAUGACGGUGACUUUCUUAUAAGAGACAGUGAAACAAACAUGGGCGAUUAUUCAGUAUCGUUAAAAGCACCAGGACGAAAUAAACAUUUUAGGGUACACGUCGAAGGCGCACUUUAUUGUAUUGGCCAAAGAAAAUUCCACACACUUGAUCAAUUGGUUGAUCAUUAUCAACGAGCGCCAAUUUAUACCAAUAAGCAGGGGGAAAAAUUGUACCUGGUGCGUCCCCUGCCAAAAGGUAAUUCCAAUAGCAAUGGUUGCUAGAUAAUAAAAAAAAAAAGAAAAAAAAAACAACAAAUAAUAAUAAAUGAUAAGUCGCAUUAGCGUUCUUUGAAGGAUUGUCAAUGCAGAUUACCCGCCAUGCCUAGUAAUAUCAAUAACUCGUAUGUUUAUACAUAACAAUUAACAUGAUUGGUAAAAUCUUAUAUAUUAGUGUUUUUAUUAUUUUUAAAAAUUAAUGCUAAUUAAUUAAUUUAUUAUUAUAAGUAAGUAAUAAUGCAAUGAUCUUGUUGGAGCUUCCAACUUUUUAGCAAAACAAAUAAAUGAAAUAAAAUAAAUAAAUAAUGUUCGUAAAAAAUUUUUAAUAAAUUUAUAUACGAAAAUAAAAUUUAAGCUACGGCAGCAACGUGAUAUCUAUUUAUAGUUAGCACGAAGGCUUCUUUAAUCUCUCAUUUUUAUAUAAAUCAAUGUAAUUGUAAUACAGUGACACGACUGAUCAUGUUAUCAUUAUUAAUAUAUUAUUAAAAAAAAAAUAACAUAGCCUGCAAGUGUAACAAUUAUUAUCCAAGCUGAUACUAUGGUACCGUAGUAAGCGAUUUUUGGUAAUUGAUUAAAGAGAAAAACAAAGACUAAGUGUUCAUUUGUGAUUUUGUAUUUAUUAGAAAGUUUUUAAGUAAAUAAAUCAUAUUUAAGUGUGAGUCA